UAAAUUAUGAGGGUAAAAUAUAGAUAAGGAAAUGAAGUCAUAAACACAAACCCAGAGAAGAAAGGGAUAAAAAACAACAGAAAGAGGGAGAGAGAAAGAGGGAAGGUGUUACUUUACAUAUACUGUAGUUAUUAUUUAUAGUCCACUGUCAAGGGCAAGAUUCUUGGACUCCUCACACUAUAAUAUCCAUUUAAUAACCCCUCACCUUUCCAUUUAUUUAAAGGCAGAACAUGUUAUAGUUCUCUAUAAGAUCUGCAAGUGGGGAAAAUAUACCUUAAAAGCAAGCUGCAAUGGAUUUGGCUCAGUUGCAAAGGCAGCUGGUUGACUAUAAAACUUCACUCUAUCAUGAGGAUUUUCUGGAUGAACAGUUCACCCAACUUCAAGAACUUCAAGAUGAAAACAACCCAGAUUUUGUGGUUGAAGUGGUAUCUCUUUUCUUUGAAGAUUCUGAUAGGCUUCUCAAUGAACUGACUAAAGCUCUAGAGCAGCAGAGCGUAGAUUUCAAAAGUGUUGAUGCUCAUGUUCACCAGUUGAAAGGUAGCAGCUCCAGCAUUGGUGCUCAGAGAGUUCAGAAAGUCUGCAUUGCCUUCCGCAACUACUGCGAAGAGCAGAAUGUCGAAGGGUGUCUUAAAUGUCUGCAACAAGUGAGGCAUGAAUACUCUCUUGUAAAAACUAAGCUUGAAUUUAUGUUCCAGCUUCAGCAGCAGAUAUUGUCUGCUGGAGGCUCAAUUCCUAUGUAACAGUUGGCUUUAAAGAGACAUAAAUCUGCAGAGAAGAACAUGGGACCAAAUAUGAUAUUUUUGGCAUUGUAGAAAAGUUAUUUUCAUUAUCUUUGUUGUUUUACAAUUAUUGCAGUUUUAGUAGGGUACCUAAGCUACUGAAGGGUUCUAUCUACUUUCGAGCUUAAGCUUGUAUCAUAUUGCCUGUGUACGAGCAAUGACAAAGAAUGUGAAUAAAACCCUUCCAGCUGUUUCCUCU